AUCUUGCUUUUGUUUUCUGUAUUUGUUGUCGUUCCUGGUUGAUCGAGCACCGUUGUUGGAGUCUUGUAUAACCGUCUCUCCGCUACCUUCACCUUCUCCCUUCUACAUAUCCUCAAUCCCCGUCUUCUAAAAACCGUCUCCCCCGCGCUCUCGUCAACCGCCAGGAUGGUCCUCCACUGGCUCCAGGACGCCACGGGCAAGACGUCCCUCCAGGACCUCCAACUCGACAUUGUCGGUUUCCUCGCCAUCCUGGGCGAAGGUUCCGUGCUGGCAAACGCACAAGUCGCGACGCUGUCGAGAUGGCAGUUCCUCCCUCGGUUGAUCCCCGCGCCGCAGAGUCUGAUGCGGCCGACGCGGCCGGAUGUCUUGGAGCCGAGCCCGGGGACGGUGACGGGGAUUUUCAGUGGGAAUGUGAUUGAUCAUAUUAAUCAUAUUGGGAAUGUUGUUUGCGACGCAAACGACCUCCCCGCCCACUCGGUCCGCGUCGUCUCCAUCCGCCGCAUCGACCAAGAGAAACCGCUCAAAGCCCGCACCCUCGCGCCCCUCACCUUCCUCGUCUUCCUCGGCUUCGCCCUCCCCUGCAUCCUCCUGGGCGUCUCCAUCUGGCUCGAAGACGGCAUGUCCAUCCUCGCCACCAUCCUCCUCUCCCUCCUCACCUCGCUCAUCGGCUUCGGCAACAAGUGGACCCUCCGCCUGCCCAAACGGCGCGUCAAAGACGGCAAAGUACCCCGCGGCGACGUCGUCAUCCGGUACCCCAAGGGCAGCUUCCUGAUUGUCCGGUGCGACGAGGAUGUAGCGCGGGAAUUGUAUUUCGCGCCCGAGACGAUCGAGUAUCUGCUCGCGCACGGCCCUUCGUAUCGUCUGCUCAGCCUCGUCGGCACCAUGCUGCUCAUGGGCGGCAUCAUCUGCCUGGGUAAUUCGCAGAUUGAGACGCAGCUCGCCUGGGCGGGUUCGUACAUGCUGCUCAACGUGUCGUACUGGAUCGUGGCGGCCUUGCCGUCGCGACUUCAUUGGGACACGUCUGCCUACGCUGUCGAGAACGAGUGUCUUUCCGACUCGGAGAUGAGUCCCAAGGACGGAUUUCCCAGCCACAAUCAGACCUUCACGCAGGGGCUGUGGAAGGCGAUUGUGCUGGCCAAGGGCACGGAUUGGGUCUUGAAGAGCGGAGCGUGCCCGGAUACGGAGGCUUGGAGGGGAUGGUUGAGAGAGGCGAGGGAGCACGCGAGGAGUGUGGCGUUGGCGGACAAGCAGGAGGUUGUGGGUGGCAAGGAGAUUGUUACGUGGAAGAUCCCGGACUGGAAUCCGCAAAAGGCGUUGAGUUCGUGGUUGGACGAGCAGGCGAAGAGGGAUGAGAAGAGCGUCAAGGAGGGCGUGGAGGAGGUGUAGAGAGCAUUGCAUAGUCGUUGGCUGUGGUGUGCGUCCUUGAGCUGACUACGAUAUGACGGUUAUGAUACCUCUGCAUAUGACAUUUUUAAUUG